AUGUGUCUGGUUACGAUUGCCGGUCAAGAGAGAGCAGAAGUAGAUUACUUCGCACUAAGCUAUGUUUGGGGCGGAGGGCCGAAGGAAUUCGUCCUGACAUCAAGACGUCUUCGAAGAUACUGUCGGCAUCAAGGGCUACCAACAUUGCCCAAGACUAUAUCAGAUGCUGUCACGUUGACAAAGAAGAUGGGAAAGAGAUACUUGUGGGUCGACAGCCUCUGCAUCGUCUCGAACGAUCCACAAGACAAAGCAAUCCAGAUACCUGCAAUGACAUCAGUAUAUGGCAACGCUAUGCUUACGAUCAUCGCCGCAGCAGGCGAAGAUGCCGACCAUGGACUACCUGGACUUGGUUCGUUUCGACCAGGCCACAAGGUGGCAGAUCUCGGACGCUAUCAGAUCGUAGAGUCGUAUCUAUCCGCGUCUCAGCGGUCUAUUCAAGGAACCACUUGGGCGACUCGAGCAUGGACAUACCAAGAACUGCUAUUAUCUGGACGAUGCUUGAUUUUCCUUGAAACUCAUGUCGAGUGGCUGUGCAGAUGUACCGAGUGGUUCGAACAGUUCGAUUUUGAGCAUCCGAAUUUCAAUUUCAAGUCGACUUGGCUAGAGCCUGAGCAGCCGCUCGGGCUUUAUAUAUCUAACUACGAAGUUUUCGUUGGAGAGUACACAAGGCGCAACCUAACGUUCGAGACCGACAUCGUAGACGCCUUUGCAGGUAUCAUGGCAGCGAUUGACGACGAGUUAUUCUGGGGCAUUCCAUACUCUAGAUUCUGCCAAUUCCUGGCAUGGGUAGUGAACGUCGUGCCAUCGGCAGAUAAUCCAGAUCAGAGGAGGGAUUGUGGCUUGCCGAUACCCAGCUGGUCAUGGUUGAGCUGGCGAGGCGAAAUCGUCUUCAGCUAUGGCAAAUCUCUACUAGCAGUAUAUCGAUGGCGAAGUGGUCAACUAGAGCAGAUCUGUACCCCUCAAGUAGCAUCUCUAUUCGGAAAAUCGGAUCACAGACAAAUCUGGUACGAUGGUUCGGAUUGGACGGUUCGCGUUGGAGAUUUGCCCAGUGACGUCACGCUGAACGAAAAUCAGCUGAUCUUUUGGGCCCCGACUGUGGCCAACUCCACUCAAAAGGAACGCGAAUAUGUUAUCAUCGGUGAAAGCUUCAACGAUGAGAUGAUUGCUCUAAAAGGUACUAUGGGAAGCUUCACGAUCCUUUGCUACGAGUCUAUGUAG